UGGACUCCAGCCACAACACUUCCUUGGCUCUUCGCUUCCACAGCUACCGGUACCAGCACCAAAAGGAAAAAGUACCGGUACUACAACGUGCUGUAACAAUCCAAAGCAAGUAAAUCGUCUCUCAGUGCUGUGCUAAUAUCCAAAGAGCAUCACCAUUUUAAAACAUGGGGGAAGACAGUAUCAGUAGCGACAGAAAGAACCCAACGGUCUCCUCCACAACAUCCACGACGACGAUACGUCGGCGUGUAGUCCGCAAGAGAAUCGUCUCUGCGAAAGCAGCAGGACCGCAGAGUGGCGGCGAACCUUUGACUCUGCCAUCCUGGUUGAAAGUCCUCUUUCAAAUUCUACUGGUGGAAAUCCCCUUGAGUCUGUUGUUUGGAUGCUUUCUCUUGACAAAUGCUCUUCUCUACUUGUAUUCUACGGUUUGGUUUCCACGGAUGCAAAUGCAUUCCUGGACACCCGAACGAGCCGAACGGGAAUUGACGCACUACGAUGUUUCCUGCGACGCGGCCUCUGUUGUCACUACCAAUCAAACUUUGUCUCUCUUGUUACCUCCGACAUCCUCCCCCAGAGACCGAGUGGCUACCGUGCGAAAACACGGAGCUGGAUGGAUCACCAACCUGUUCAAUGAUGAUUCCGUGUCUCGGUCGACCUUGCAACAAUUUCGAUCCUUUGCAUUGAAGAAGAACCAAAUUGUGGGAAACAACGAAAACACGGGCAAUGUCGACGUUGUGGGAGUGAUUGAAAAUGACCAUCGCUGGUCCUUUGCCUUUGGAGUGGACGAAGAUCCAUCCAUUGCGCCCCUUUUGGAAGCGAUUGGACGCCACACGAUACUCCAAAGCACGCUCGAAGGAUUGUUGGGGCCCAACCCGGCGCUCGUCGAAUUGUCCACCAUUACCGCCGAAGCGGGAGCGGUGGCACAAGGGUGGCAUGUGGAUACCACACAACAAGGAGAUUCCCUCCAAUAUGCCAAUACAUUUAGUGACUUGUAUUCGCUCUUGAUUCCGGUCCAAGAUACCGCCGCCACCAUGGGACCCACGGCCAUUUGUGCGGGGACACAGUACUGUUCUCAUAGUACUGGAUGCGACGAGUGGGGAUUUUCACCAUUACAACAACAACUGGACAAUGGAACUAUUAUUUGGAAGGCCGGUGAUGGCCUCUUGUUCAAUUCGCACCUGCAUCAUCAAGGGACGGCGCACACGGGAGGACCCACGAGGGUAGCCAUGGUGCUGUCCUUUGUGUCCUCUCGCAACAACAAUCUACUGCCUCCAUUGGCGGCGGGAUAUGUCAUUCCUUGGACCUACAUGGGAUUUACACAUCAGGACUUGGCACACGCCAGCACCACCAUGGCACCCCCCAGGAACUUGUGGAGGUCGUUGGGAUGGACGUCACAGAAAUCUGGGUGGGAUUACUUUUCCUUUUGUAUAGGACACAUGGGAAAUACUCGAGAUCCGCCCCUCGUGGUCCUCAUGCCGUUUAUCAAGCAUCUCCCACUUUUGUUGGUGGGACAGGCCAAUUUUCAUGACACAUUAUCUCCCUGGCAAGUCUUUGUUCUAGACACGUUGUGGCGGGUGUGGGCUGCCUUCUUGAUUUGCACAGUCCUGGGGUGUUGGGGCUAUCUGUACAUGCUCCUGAAUACGAUGCACCCAGCAGGUACUAUGAAUGGCUCAACACCCCGAAAGGCGGGCAUGGGAACUGUAUUGGUCCGUCUCGUGAUUCUGAAUGGAGGCAUGGUAGCAUUGGCACUUUUGUUUGUUCAACAAUACACACAAGAUGCAAUCAAUACGUCGACAACAACGACAAUCCAUGUUUCUACAACUGCUUUCACUGAAGAAUAUAUUCAGAGUUUGGCGUCACCACAGGCACUCGAUGUCAUGAUGGGGCCGCACUUCCUCGACGACGCCUUUCAGUGGAUACCUGGCAAUCGACAGUGGCAUGCGGCCGCCCAGGACUUUCUGCCGUGGUACCUCGCUGCCUUCCCCUCGAGUUUUUCCAAUGCUAUGGUCGACUCUGUUCUGGAGCAAGCAAUAACAACUGGUCAAGGAGCAACCCAUCGUGUCAUGAUGCAAAAUCAAUACGCCGACUGGGUCGAGCUGACCAACACACAAGCCCGUGAACAGACACGGGUGUGGAUGCAUCGAUUGCUACUAUCGACGACGACAGCACCUUCAUCCAUAUCUCGGCAUCCAUGUCGAAUCAGAACAUUGGCAAGAUCAGCCCUGUGUAAUACAUUCCUGAAUCUUGAUGCUCUGUUCUCGCCACCACAGACCAACAUGGCUGCCUCGCAACAGCAAUCAGCCAACCCCAAACCAUCAACCUGGAGACGGAGACGGCUGCUCUUGUCUUUAGUGCCACCAAAGGACAGUUGCUCGCGCAGUACUGCUUUACAACCUUGUAAAGAAAAGGAACAAUCAUUACGAAAGACGACAUUUGAGGUCGGGGAGGUGGUAGAAGCAAGAAUAAACUCCAAGACUCGAAAAUGGUUACGGGCAACUGUCAUUGAGAAGUCCCAUGGCACCAGCUACAUGGUGCGAUUUGAGGUGGAUCUACCAGAAUAUCGUUUAGAGGAUCCAUUGCCUGCAAGUCAACUCCGGAGAAUCAAGUCAGGCACCCAAAGCUGACAAGAAUGGCCAGACCUUGCUAGCGUUGCGGGGGCUUUGAUUUGAAGGAUAUCAACCAGGAAGGCUUCAUUCGGCAAACCUGCAAAUAAACCCAGUGGUUGGAUACUGGUGCUGCCUGCCUGCCUACAGCGAAGGAAGGACUACUGUAUGAAAUCUGAGUUUCAGCAUUGUUUUUGCCAUCACAUAGUGGUUACUUCAUGGAGUGAAAGAGUUGCCAUUGAAGUAGGUGGUACUGUAGGGUAAAUAAAUGGAAAAGAUCAAUGGAAAGCUUCUGGCUGAUUUCGAAUGCAAGCACUGCUUCCAAGUGUGUAUCAAGCACAGCAAGUGGUGGUCAACAAUGGAAGCUCGUUUUCACCCCCGAAGAUCAGUGAAGAUCAGUGCCGCAUCAAUGGGACCUUCGUUUAGUUAUUAAUCUACAGUGAUGGUGUAAUCUGGUGAUUUAGUUCCGGUAAUGAGAACAAACAAAGAUCCCCUUUGAAGAACCAUGUCAAGCAGUCAAGGACUUUAGUACAGUACCCGUAUCCAAUGCCGAUCAAUGAAGCAUGCUAGCUUCUAAUUGUUGUAGCUAACAGUAGUAGGAACCAUGGCAUAUAGUAGU